AUGGACCAGAGCAGUACUGCCAACGUGCAGACCACGGCUAGCAAGCUUUCGAGUCGAAGCCUUGCUGAAUACCAAGCCGAAUUGAUAUGGAUGCACAACAGGACCAUCCGCCAACUCAAAGAAGCCAAAGAAAAGGAGAAGUGCGAGGCAGAGCUGAGAUCACAACAAUCAUCUCAGAAACCUCAAAAUUAG